AUAGACAAGGGGUAGCUAUAACCCAGGGAUAGCGCUGCUGAAGCGACACCUGGGGGGAAAGCCGUAUCAGCUAAUUCACUAAGAAAACUCACCGCACUUGGCCCUUCUCCAGCCGUCCUGUAGACUACCCCUGGUUUAGACAUACCUGUGUGCUGGAUAGCGAAGCACCAUUAGACCAGAAGCCCUUGCCGACCCUGCGCCAAGGAUCAGGUCUCGCGUGAUGCCUGUCCCUCACGGUCUGGCAGGGUUGUUUGCGAUACGCUCUGAGAGGCAACGAUGUCUUCAUCACUGAGUAACGCCGCUAGAAUAAUGCAAGCCCACUCCGAAGACGUAACUGCAAUAUUGGCAUCACGGCGUAUCCUCCAGUUCGGCCAUCCCGCUGAUGUCCCACCCUGGAUCACGCUGGGAAAUAUUGCAAAAGAGGGUGUACGCAGUGUAAUACCCUGCUUCAAUUAAGAUAUCUACAAGUCGUAGAUAUUCCCAUUCACUCUUUGUCAUUCAGGGCUCUUCACAACCCUACCGAAGGCGCGCGGAAGCAUGCGGAGAUGCAAAGGUCGCGCAAAUUGCCGUUCCUCUCGUAGUCGGCAGCCGACCCUACACAUGCCAACAUCGCCGCUCGUGUCUACUAUCCAGACUCUGAGCCAGUCCCGCUUGUCUGCUUGCAUUGUCGGAGUUUCGACGUCUUAGUAUCUCUGCGAAGUUGUGCCCUCUCAAUGGCGUUGGGUAUCUACAAAGAGUCUAAGGCCAGUGCU